GCCCGGGUCUCAAAGUCUCGCGAGAGGAGGAGGUGGCGGGUUUUGGCGCCAACAGCAAACGGGUGGUCGCCAUGGAGAGUGCCGCCGAGAUGGAGGGCCCCUCAGAGCGGACGGUGGCCGCGAGGAGCGCGAACUUGCCUUGGGUGGAAAAAUACCGGCCUCAGACAUUAAAUGAUCUGAUUUCUCAUCAGGACAUUCUGAGCACCAUUCAGAAGUUCAUCAGCGAAGAUCGGUUGCCUCAUCUUCUCUUCUAUGGGCCUCCAGGGACUGGCAAGACUUCCACCAUUUUGGCUUGUGCUAAACAACUUUACAAAGACAAGGAAUUCAACUCCAUGGUUCUAGAGCUGAAUGCUUCAGAUGACCGAGGUAUCGGCAUUGUCAGAGGACCUAUCCUGAGCUUUGCCAGCACAAGGACCAUUUUUAAGAAAGGCUUUAAACUGGUGAUUCUGGAUGAAGCAGAUGCCAUGACACAGGAAGCACAGAAUGCCCUCAGGCGGGUAAUAGAAAAAUUCACCGAAAAUACUCGUUUUUGCCUGAUCUGCAACUAUCUCUCCAAGAUCAUCCCGGCCUUACAGUCAAGGUGCACCAGAUUCCGCUUCGGUCCUCUGACACCAGAGCUUAUGGUUCCCCGAUUGAAGCAUGUUAUUGAGCGUGAGAAAGUUGAUGUAAGUGAUGAUGGAAUGAAGGCACUGGUGACACUAUCAAACGGUGACAUGCGCCGGUCUCUGAACAUUUUACAGAGUACAAACAUGGCAUUUGGAAAGGUGACCGAGGAGACAGUUUACACCUGUACCGGGCAGCCACUCAAGUCGGACAUUGCUAACAUCCUUGACUGGAUGCUGAACCAAGAUUUCACUGCUGCUUAUCACAAUAUUAUGGAGCUGAAGACAUUGAAGGGCUUGGCACUGCAUGAUAUUCUGACAGAAAUCCACCUGUUUGUCCACAGAGUUGACUUUCCACCAUCUGUUCGAAUCCAGUUGCUGAUCAAGAUGGCAGAUAUUGAGCAUCGUCUAGCUGCGGGGACAAGUGAGAAGAUCCAGCUGGGGGCUCUUGUGGGUGCUUUCCAGGUCACCAGAGAUCUCAUUGCAGCAGAAGCGUAAUCAAGCUCUUUUCAGUGCUUUGCACUUGCCGUAGCAACUGGCGGACUGCAACUCUCAGUACUCUCCUCCACGGGCAUUGCUGGUGAGGGCUGUGGCCCGACGGCAUCUAGAGGGCUGGAAUGCAAGUGCCUGUGGUCUGUGGUGAUCGGCAACUUCCCUUUCGGUGCAACUAGUGGACUGAACCGAAUGGCAGGCCUGUGUUAACAUUGCUUUCCCCAGUCUUCCAGCAGUGAUUUGAAUGUUUCAGCUCUGUUUGUCAGAAUGCAAAAUUAAAAACUCUUGCUUCUUUA